AUGGAUGAGACAACUGGUUUUACCUAUACAUACGGCGUACGACGAGCAAGUCGACCAGAUGUAUUUCGAACACAAUUUGGAUCAUUGAGUGCUGAAGAAUAUAUUACCCCAUUGGUACAACGAAGUAAUAAUUUUGAUGGUAAUGUUGCCAGAAGAUUAUCAAGAAAUUCAUUUUUAAUACCACGGCAAACAUUAGUGAGAAGACCAACUGAUGAUCUCAAAGAUCGACGAGAACAAAGUGGCUAUUGUUUUCAUGUACUUAUUAUUUUAUCAUAUGUACUCGUUGUUAUUACAUUUCCACUAUCACUAUGUUUUUGUAUGAAAGUUGUACAAGAGUAUGAGCGAGCAGUUAUUUUUAGGCUUGGUCGAAUUUUAGCGAAUGGAGCAAGAGGACCAGGACUCUUCUUCAUUUUACCAUGCAUCGAUACCUAUAGUAAAGUUGAUCUUAGAACUGUAACUUUUGAUGUUCCCCCACAGGAAAUUUUGACAAAAGAUUCCGUAACUGUUGCCGUAGAUGCUGUUGUCUAUUUUCGAAUAUUUAAUGCUGUAAUAUCAAUAACAAAUGUUGAAGAUGCGGCAAAAUCCACGAAGUUAUUGGCUGCCACUACACUGAGAAAUGUACUCGGUACUAAAACCUUACAAGAAAUUUUAGCUGAACGAGAUAAAAUCGAUACAGUUAUCCAGACAAGUCUCGAUGAAGCAACGGAUCCAUGGGGUGUCAAAGUUGAACGUGUGGAAGUAAAAGAUGUCCGUCUUCCUGUUGCAUUACAAAAAGCGAUGGCAGCUGAAGCUGAAGCAAGUCGCGAUGCAAGAGCAAAAAUAAUUGCAGCCGAAGGUGAAAUGAAAGCGUCAAGGGGUUUGAAAGAGGCAGGAGACAUUAUUAAUGAAUCACCAAUCGCCAUGCAAUUAAGAUAUUUACAAACAUUAACACAAAUUGCAACAGAACGAAAUAGUACCAUUGUAUUUCCAAUACCAGUUGAAUUACUUCAAGCUCUAAGUCGACAUCGACGAUAG